AUGUCUCGAUGUCGACAUAGGCUCUAUCAAGCUCUUCAGCAGCACAGUACUGCCAGACCAGACCAUAUCUGGAUCAGCGACGACUUGGUUUCUGAGGGGUUUUCUCGAUUCGUAAGACACCAUAAACGAUAUGGGAGCUCUGUUCCGGGGCCUCUCGAGGCUCAAAAAAGGCUUUCGAAGCGGAAACAUGCUGCAUUGGCCUCCAUGGGAUUUCCCCCGUCCGCAACAGAAGCCGCAAUUCUAUUUGGGAAGCCCUCGCAACCAAAUCAGGAGCCCCAGUUAAUUGCGUCGCGACCGUGGUCCCUGCAAGCCCAAGAGACUUUUCCAUAUCUACACAACGUUCCGCCUCUGGUUUCGCUGCCAUUCGCUGAAAGUGCACCUGAUACUUUGAAACCCGCUUCUCUUCCUGACAAUCCUGUUUCGACUUCUCAUAUGGAUUACAAUUCUAUUAAGAUGCACUUAUCUUCCUCAGUACGGGAGUCUGCUUCUCUAAGCGAGUUCAAGAAACGCAUCUUUGCUUUGGGCAUCGACCCGCGGGGACAACCUCUCAUCAGCCGAACUGUGCUUUCUGAGAUCCUUCUCGCUCAAAACCGAAGCGGACGGUCUAGGAGAUGGGAUAUGGACGAUCUGCACGGCUUUUUCAGUGAUGCUUCCUUGAAUAUUCCUUCAGCGGAGAACUACGUGACUUUGGUCGAACAUUGCGUUCUGCAUACCGAAAGGAAAUCUCGUUUAUAUGCUCAUUUCCGUUUUCUGAAACGUUCCAUCAUGCUAGGUGUUGUUCCUGUGGAAGAGGUUAGCAAAAUCAUCAAGCUUAUACCUUCAAUUAAAACAAAAACCCUGGGGCACAGAAAAAGCACGAUUGGAAAAGCCAAUUGGGGGGACGUCGCAAUAUGUUAUCAAGCUGUUUGGGAUGGACUCGAGUCAUCUUCUGUUUUAUCUCCCCGUGAUCUUGACAGAGAAACAAUGGCUUUAUGGGUGGAUGAACUUUUAAAAGCGUCGCCGCCUGGCAGUUUGUCCCAGCUGUGCAUGGACGUUAUUCACGCAUGGGAUGGCUCAUCAACGUCUGUUUUUAAUUUAAUAACAGACGUUCUUCUGCGCCGCGUUGUCCAUACCGCCGCCGCAGUCCCGGAAUCAGCGAAGAUAGAUAUGAUCAAUGACGAGUUGCACGGCAUCCUAAGCUACACAAAGUCACUUCUAGAUGCAUGUUCCCCGGAGGCUGCUAUCGCGCACAUCAUAAGAAUAACCGAACUACUAAUAUUUUCACCAAUUUAUAACAAAUGGAGAGACCAAUCCCUGAGCAUUUGGUACUGGGUAUUAUGUCGACUCGACAACGAUUUGGUAUUAUUUAGUGCUACUUCAAGGCGUAACCUUGAAUCCGCUUCGACUUUGGCUUUACCACUUUUAGACAAGAAUGGGUUAAACGUUUCCAAUCGCCAUAGGCAUUUGCUUCAUUUGUGGGUUGUGGCAGUUCUUGGACACACGACAAACAGUUAUUCGAUACUAGACUUCCGCCGAAAGAACGUGUUCCGGCGUCUCUUAUCCUACCUUGAUCGAACGUCGGGCCCAUUCAAGGGAACAGAUAUCCUCACUCGACUACGAAUAUACCUUCAAUGCUCUUGUCUUCGCAACCUGCCUGCCACAGACCUUGUGCUAUCAAACGCCGCAGACAUCGAAUUCGCUAAAGCACAAAAGCAACUCCGUUGGAACAAACAAAACGGUCACUCUGGUGGCCCACAAUCCCUCGACCCCGCGAUAAAAACUAAACUCCUCGAUCCAACCCACAGCCCCAAAUCCAUAGAAGAAAUCCUCCCGUACUUUCCCAUAUACUCUCGAGACCGCGCGACGCUAUACUCAACAUUCAACCAACUCGCCAAGACCACGGACGUCACCUCCCUUUCCUUCAUCCGCCAAAUCAUUUCCUACACAGAAUCCGGCACGAUUCCCCGCAGCGCCAUUCUCCGCCUCCUCCGUCGCCACACACCCUUGAAAGUUGCCCUAUCUCGCUGUUGGCAGGAAUCAGCCACGACACCGUACCCCCCGACAGAGCCUGGUUCUCCACCGCCGGAUCCGUGUUUGUACCCCAACCCGACCGAAUGCCUGCGCAUGCUACAUAUUCUUGCCCUUGUGUUCUCAUGCACAACAACAGUGUCACCGACGUCCUCCUGGCGGCUAACAAAAUGGGUGUAUUUAUUCAUUGUCCAGCACCAUGGGCCCGUGGCUCCCGUAUUAGCAAGGGCGCUUUACCAGGCUGGGGUCACGCGGUAUCGUGAGGCGGGACAGCCGGUGUCUAAGCCUAAGUUUGCGUUUAUUAUGAAGAAGGUUGCAGAGGCGGAGGGGGCAGCUGUUGCGAAAGCGCUUAUGGAUGUGGAGAUAGCAUGA